AUGCUCAGAGGCGUACUUCCACAAAUAUCAAUCAACUUAUCAUUUCUUGCUCCUCUCAGUGGUCCUGCUAAUGGCCUUCGACCAACCAAAGAUUUGACAUUGCUCAACUCCACACGAUGUUUUUCCUCAUCAGCUCUUUCCUUAAUUCACGGUCAGCGUAAGGCCACAGGGGACAAGAACUUUAAAACUUAUAAACCUAUCACUCCUGGUCUACGUCAUCUACGACUUCCUCGUAAUGAUCACCUUUACCGUGGACGAUGUCAUCUUCCACUCACUAUACCCGAUAAACGUACUGGAGGUCGUAACAACACAGGAAGAAUCACUGUAAGACAUAUUGGUGGUGGACACAAGCGUCGAAUUCGUACCGUCGAUUUUCAUCGUCGUACUCCUGGCGAGCAAUAUGUAGUUCGAAUCGAGUAUGACCCCGGCCGAUCUGCUCAUAUCGCUCUUCUUCGACAUCAAUCUACCUCUGAGCUCUCCUAUAUUUUGGCACCGGAUGGAUUACGUGAAGGAGACAUGGUUCAAAGUUUUCGUAGUGGGAUUCCUCGCCGGUUACUUGAAUCUGAUUCUCUAGAUCGACCAACACCCGCUCAAUCAUCAUCAACUGAUAAACCCAAAGUGAUCUCGAAAACGAUACCUAAAGAAGAUCUCGCUUCUGCAGCUGAAGUGGCUACUUCUCCACUUGCACUCGGUCUACUUCGUACACUUACCAUCAAACCAGGAAAUUUCUUACCAUUACGACUUAUCCCACCUGGCACAAGUUUACAUGCAGUAGCGCUUCGACCUGAUAGUAAAGCUAGUCUGAUCCGAUCCGCUGGAACGUUUGGAAAGUUGAUUUCUCUCGGUCAUAACCCACGUGGUAACUCGUCAGGUAGUGCGGGAAGUGGCGAUUACGCCCAAGUGAAGUUACAGAGUGGAGAGAUUCGAUAUAUUCAUAUGGAUGCAUGUGCUACCAUCGGUGUAGUUAGUAAUGGGCAUUGGCAAGGUCGUAAGCUUGGCAAAGCAGGACGUCUAAGAUGGCUGGGACGUCGACCAAGAGUGAGAGGUGUAGCUAUGAAUAAGGUCGAUCAUCCUCUUGGUGGUGGACGUGGUAAAUCGAAAUCGAACAAACAUCCUGUCUCACCAGCAGGUUUGAAGGCAAAAGGUCUCAGAACUCGUCGACCUGGACCACGAGGUAAUCGGAUGGUUGUCAAACAAAGGCCUAAGGGUAAACAUGUAGGGAAAUAGAGAUGAUAAAAACAUCAAUCUGGUAGAUUACCCAGCCUAUAUGAUGAGUCAGUACUUUUGGACCCUGGACUUGGUUUUGUCCCGACCAACAAAAUAAUUACGGCAAACUUUGAUGAGAAAAGAGCUUUUCUAGCGAUAUAUUCACUCGAGACUGAAGUCAUGUUUCAAUAGAAAAGAAUGAUAUUUAGAUACCUUACUGAGUGUCAUAGAACUCAUGUCAGUUUCAACUAUAUUCAACUAAUU